AGAAUGUGGAUUUAUGUGGCAAUAUCAAUUUUCCUGUGGCUGUUACUUAAAUGGUAUCGAAAUAAAGAAAUAAUCGGUAACUAUGGAAACCGGUAUAUUGUUAUAACAGGCUGUGACUCAGGAUUUGGAUAUUCCCUCACAAAGAAGUUAGACGAACUAGGAUUUUAUGUUUUUGCUGGAUGUCUAACGGAUGAAGGAUUGGCCAAAUUAAAGGAAGUGACAUCGUCGAAAGUCAAACCAGUCAUGCUUGACGUAUCAAAAACUGAUAGCAUCGAAAGAGCUUUUGAAUUCGUUCAAUUGAAUUUGCCCCAAAAUACAGGAAUCUGGGGAGUAGUUAACAAUGCUGGAAUAGCCGGACCUGUUGUUCCCAUUGAAUGGUUAAGCAAAACAGACUAUGAAAAUGUAUUUGAAGUAAAUACUUUAGGUAUGGUCGAAACAACCCGUAUCUUUCUUCCAUUGGUUCUCAAAACUAAAGGUCGAGUUGUCAACAUCACCAGUGUAGCAGGGCGUGUAGCUGUAUUAUAUGGUCCGUACACCGUAUCUAAGCACGCUGCUGAGGGAUAUUCUGAUGCGCUAAGACGCGAGUUGUACAAAAGAGGGGUAUCAGUUCAUAUCAUUGAACCCGGGUGUUUUCAAACUCGUAUUACAGAUCCCGAUGUCACCUGUAACACAAUAGAUGUUUACUAUGACAAGCUUCAAAAGAAUAUACAGGAUUACUUUGGACCUGGAUUUCUUAAACAGUAUAAGAAAUCGGUCAAAAAAGGGCUAACUAUUGGAGCGUGUUCUAAUAUUGACCAUGUCAUUAAUGCAUACGUCCAUGCACUGACAGCCAAGUUUCCUAAACAUAGAUAUUUAGUAGGAUGGGAUGCAGGAUUCUUAGUGCAUAUCCUUGGUCGACUACCAGAGUGGGUCGCUGACUAUAUAUUUGCUUUCAAUAUACCAAUUCCUGAUUUAAAGAAGACCAACUUAGAAUAAUCAUAAUGCAAAUUAUUAUCAUGAA